GUUUAUACAUUCAUCAUAAUAAAACUGAUUCAUUUGUACGAAAUCUAUUGUUGUUAUUUAAAAAAAGAAAAGAAAAUAUAGUAAAUAGUUACGCAAUAACAAAUAACGAUAACAUAUGAUGACUGCAUUGGCUAUUAAAUAUGAAGCUGAUUUUUCUAAUCAAGAGAAUAAAAUGGGAAUAAAUUUUAAAUCUGAUACGAAACAAUACAUUGAAUUAGAUGAUAAAUUAAUGAAUCCUACUAUAAAUGGAUCAAAUGAUGCCAAUGUGAAAUAUUCAUCAUCAUCAUUUUCGACGAUAGGAACAGCGGCUACAGUAGAAUUUACACCAUUAUCAUCGACAACCAUCUCAACAACAAUAACGCCAUCAUCAUUGUCUUCAUCAAAAUUAUCACAAUGUGUUGGUUGUGGUUUAAUAAUUUACGAUCCAUUUAUGUUAAAUGUUCAACCAAAUUUGAAAUGGCACAUACGUUGUUUAAAUUGUUCAAAAUGUUUACGUUCAUUGAUGAAUGAUUCAACUUGUUAUGUACGUGAUUGUAAAGCAUAUUGUAGGGAAGAUUAUUUUAAUAAUUUCCUAUAUCGUUGUGCUGGAUGUUAUCGAUUGAUUGAUAAAAUGGAUUUAGUAUUUCGUAUACGAUCACGUACAUUUCAUUUAGAUUGUUUUCGUUGCGUUAUUUGUGAGAAACUAUUACAGCCAGGUGAAGAAAUCGCUUAUAGAAAUGAACAAGUCUAUUGUUUAAUACAUUCUCAUCUUAUACAAAAAUUUCCAAAAAUCAAUCAUCACCAUCAUAAUGGUGAAAAUGACAAUAACAAUGAUACUACUACUAAUACUAUUAUUAAUAAUACUAUCCAUACUGAAAAUAGUAACGAUGUAGAAACAUUACAGUUAAUGUCAAGUAAUCAUUUUAUCAAUAAUAUGAAAAAUGCCAGUCACAAUAACAACGAUGGAAAUAAAAAUCAUGACAAUAAUAAUGUUCAAAUCAAUAAUACUGAUCCUCAUAAUAUGAAUCAAUCGAUUAUUGAACAAGUAGAAAUCAAUAUUGUCCCAGGUACAAGUCUUAUUACCAAUACUACUUGUUAUAAAAAUGGUAGUAAUAUGAAUAUGAAUCAAUCAACAUUUACGAAACAUUGUCAUGAACCAUUUAUUACAGAUGAUAUGAAAAGUUUGAAAUCUGAUAUAAAAGGUCUUUUACCAAAUUUAUUAUCACAUCAGACAGAUGAUAUACAGUUAAUGACAAUGAAAUCAAUUUAUUGUAACGAUAAUAAUACUACUAAUAAUAAUGUGACUAAUAUGGAAUUGACUCCUGAUAUGGAAAAUGGUUUGAUAUAUGAGAAUUUAUGUAAUUCAUCGUCUACAACAAUAUCAAUGCCAACAAUACAUACUACUGUUGCUUUUACCGAUGUGCAUAAUAAUAACAGUAAUAAUGGUAAUGAUAAUGGUAAUAAUUAUCUGAACAAAUUAAUGAAUAAUCGAAGUUCUGUGUGUAAUUCUAGUUUAAUGAAUCCAUUAAAUGAGAAUAUCUGUCCUAAUUCACCAGAUAGUUCAUUCGGUGCAAUUAUUCAAGAUAUUGAUAGUCCAAUGUCAGAUAGCAGCGAUGAUUUAAGCCGUGAAGAUGAAGAUUUCAGUUUACUUGGUAUGAGUGAAUCGAAUACAACUGGUUUAUCUGAAAAUGGUGUAGCAUUAAAUGGAUCCAAUUCUCUAUCUAUUAACAACUCUGCAUUAAAUCAUAAUUUAUACGGAAAUUUUAAUCAAAGUCAUUUAAUCAAUACUGGAGGUAGUGGAAGUCUUACUGGAAGUACAAGCAGUAGUGGGACAAGUGUCACUAGUGGUCUUGGUGAUGAAGUAGUUCAUAGUGUAGUUAUAUCACGUGGUACUAGUGGAUUGAAUAGUGGUAGUUGUGGAAUUGGUGGUAUUGGAUCUAGACCAUCAUCAGGAAAAUCCGGUGGAAGUAAACGAUCAAAAGAUCAAAAAACAACUCGGGUUAGAACUGUACUAAAUGAAAAACAAUUACAUACUUUAAGAACAUGUUAUGCUGCUAAUCCAAGACCAGAUGCUUUAAUGAAAGAACAAUUAGUUGAAAUGACAAGUUUAAGUCCACGUGUUAUACGUGUUUGGUUUCAAAAUAAACGAUGUAAGGAUAAAAAAAGACAAUUAUUAUUAAAACAAAUGGAACAACAUCAGCAGAAUGGUGGACGUCCCGGUAGUUUACAUGGUAUUUCAUUGAUUGCACAAAGUCCUGUUCGUAAUGAUGUGAACUUAAUGUGUGCGAAUUCCGGCAUUGAUGUACAUCAUAUCCCAGGACCAUAUUGGAAUACACAAAAUGUACAAAAUGAUUUAAAUUCACGAUCAACCAAUGGAUUAUAUCGAUCACAUAGUCCUUCUAAUUUAUCAUUAAAUCAAUCAAAUAAUAAAUUGAUUAGACAAUCAACUGAAAAUACCUCAUUAUCAACUUCAUCACCGAAUUCAUUAAUAAAUUAUCAUACAAAUUCAUUAAAUGAUCACCCAAUUACCAAUUAUUCAUCUGGGUGCUUAUUAAAUCCAACAAUGUCUAAUUUAAUCCCACCACCUCCGACCCUACCACAACCAUUAUUACAAACAUCAUCAUUAACAGGAAUUCCAUCUUUAUUGUCAAAUUCAUCCACUCCUUCAUGUAUAUCAUCAUCAGGACAAAAUUUCAAUUGUAUUCAGUCAAAUAACUUCAGUAAUUCAUCAUUAAAUUUACCAAUGACGGGAACAACAACAAAUGAUAUCUCUUCAGCAAAUCAUUUAAGAUGUAAUAGUUUAUUAAUUCCUUCAAAUGGUAACAAUGUGGAUACUACUGUUAUUAAUACUACAACUACCGCUAAUACUAAUUCAAAUAAUGCUACUAAUAAUAGUAGUACAAACAUGAAUCAAUCACAUUUUUUAAAUGAACGCUCAGCGCCAUCAUUUCAACAGUUGGUAAGAAUAUUUUAAUAUGAUAAUCUUUACAAAAAAGGAUAUUAGAAUUGAUUACGAUAACAGGAGUCUAAUGAUAUGAAUACAUUCAUUAGAUUAUUAUAAAUUACAAUUUCCUCAAUUAAUGAUAUUGUAUUCCACAAGUACAUAUAUAUAUAUGAAUUCACAGACACAAAAUGCACAUUUCACUGUUAAUUUGAUAACAAGUUUAAUUACCUAUCAAAGUUAUGAACUUUUGUUCAUUAUGUUGAAUGACCUUGAAAAAAUAAUAAUAAACAUAAACAAACAAACCACGUAUAUGUUGUUAACAGACAUUUUAUUUGACUAACUUUAAUUGAACUGUAACAAAUUGAAAAAAUUUUUAAAAUUUUGGUCUUGUGGUCUCUACUAUAUGUAUUGUGGUAUCCAAUAAUCUAAUAAUUUUGUAUCUGAGAAAAUGUAUCUAAAAUUCUGUUUUACUAAAAAUGUAUUAAACAGUAAAGAAAUGAGAAUCGCUUUAAUCUCAAUAAAUUAUUUAGUAUAAUCGAUUGACAGGUUAAAUUAAUACAUUAGAUCAAAGUAGAUGUCAGUUGACUGUAAUAGAUUAUAAUAUUCAUCAACAACUAAAAUAAAAAAAAUUGAACAGAAUGUUGUAUGGAAAUAUUUCCAGGAUAUUUCCAGAAUUUUUAGCUCUAUUUAUUUAUUCAAAUAAACUGUUUCGAAUUUUUCUAAAUGAAUUAUUGACUUUCACCAUCAUGG